AGUGACUCAAUUACACACACAUAUAUAUAUAUAUUUUUACAUUCCAUUAUGGUUUAACACAGGACAUUGAAUAUGGCUCCGUGGGCUAUCUAGAAGGACCUUGUGCUUAUCCAUCCUAUAUAUAAUAGUUUAUAUCUACUAAUUGUAUUGGGCUUUUUUGUGGCCCAGUACAUGAUUGCUUUUGCAUUCCACGCAUUUAGAGGCAAAGUUCUCUCUACACAUAGCAAUUAAAUUAAGCUUGAUUUCUUCAUUCACGCACUUGUUCUUUGUCUGCAGACUUAUUUCCGGGAUGGGAGGACUGAAGCCUGGGGAAGGGUUGUGGACCGAGCUCUGGUCCCUGGCCCAGCCUGCAGGACGCCUGCCGCUGCCAUGGACUCCAGGGAGGAGAGGCUGGGGGCGGGGCCAGGUGGGGCGGUCAGUCCGGUUGCCAGGAGGCGCGACCCGGACACAAUGGGGUCUGGGAGUUGCGCCCUGCAGCGGUGGGGAUCCAGACACCCCACCUUGCCUUCCCAGCCAGGAGGGACAGGCAGGUACUUCCCGGAGCGAGCCGGGAAUGCAGCGUACCCCAGCGCUCCUCGGCACACCAUCGCUCCCCGAAACUGGGGCCUCCGCCUGGAGUCGCAAACCCCAGGCCCCGGGACCUACACUAUGCCCUCGCUCCUGGGCCCGCGCGUAGUCGGCAAAGCGUCGGCGCCGACUUACUCCAUCUACGGCCGCAGCGCGGUGGGCAGCUUCUGCGAGGACCUCAGCAAGACCCCGGGGCCCUGCGCCUACCACGUGGUGAACCCUGGGGUCUACAAGCCCCGGGCCCCCCAGUUCUCGAUGCUGGCGCGGACUUCGCUCUCCCAAGGCAACACCCAGAAUCCCGGCCCUGCAGCCUACAACGUGGACCAGCACCGGAAGCCUCGCGGCUGGACUUUUGGGAUCCGGCACUCGGACUACCUGGCCCCGAUGAUGACCAACGCGGACGAUGACCCGCUGGGCGGGCGCUGCCCCGCAGAUGUUUCUUAAAGCCUCUGGAACCA